CGGGCCGGGCCGGCGGGGAAGGGGGGGGGGGGCCCGGCCGCCAUGCCGAAGCGCUCCUGCCCCUUCGGGGAGGUGGCGCCGCUGCAGCUGAAGACCCGUGUGGGGCUGCGGGAGCUGAGCCGCGGGGUGCGGGCCGAGGAGCUCCGCAGGGAGAUCUUCGAGCGCACCCGGCGGCUGCUCUUCAGGGGCGCCCAGGCGUGUUCUGAGGGCGCCUGGAGCCCGCUCCCCCGGCCCGCUGCCGGCCGCUCAACGCAGCCCGACGGACAGGGCCCGGCCGCCGGCCCCGGGCGGCGCUGGAGCGGGCAGCUGCGCAUCGGGCACGACGGGAGGCUGCUGAGGAGCGCGGCCGGCACGGAGAACGUUCCGCCAGUGGGAGUUUCCAAAGCCUGCUCGUCGUGUGUAAGAACUGCCGAUGUCAAGGAAGCGUGCUCGCAGUGUGACCGGUUCGUAUGCCAGAGCUGCAGCAGGCUCUGCAGCUGCUGUAACACAGUCACCUGUUCUUUGUGCUCAGUAAUUGAUUAUGGUGAUGUUGGUGAGCAAGUUCUCUGCAAUGGUUGUUCAAUAUUUCAAGUCUGAAACCUGAUGAAAUAGCCCUCAGGGCUAAGAUGUCCGUAAAAUUCAUGAAGUCUCUUCCUUAUGGCUGAUCAAUUAAUCCUUUUAGCAUGUGAAUUAAUUAUGGAAUUUCUAUGUUUUAUAUCUUUAUAUUGUACUUUUUAAUAUUGUAGCUAAAUAAACUUUUAUAUUUUGAGGAUGUCUA